AGAUGUAUAUUGAUGAGACUUUACUGGUCGCAUGGGCUGGGGUAACCUUGGUGAAAGCUGGAUGAAUCAAUGGAUUGAAUCUUCAAAUGGAAUACAUGUUACUAGACCAUGGAAUUGAAUCUCUGGGUCAAUAGGUUUGUUUUGGUCCUUUGGUUUGGUUUGUAACUAAUACAGUUUAUACCAUAGAGAUGAAAUUAUGGAUUCAACUGAAGAAGUUUUAGCACAGAAGCAUUAUUAUCACAGUACUCUUCCUCGUGAGGAAACAGAAAAUCUUCUCAAACACCGAGAGGAUGGAACAUUCUUACUUCGCAAAAGUUUGAGACGCAAUGACAGUUACGUGAUAUCUAUAUCGUAUAGGGGUGACUGCCUCCAUUACAGUAUUGACCCAAUUCAGCGUGAUGGUCGAACAAUGUACUCUGUAAAUAAUGGUACACCCUUUCCUAAUCCGUGGGAAGUAUGUGAACAUUACAUGGCAAUGCAAGGUGGCCUCAAAGUUCAGCUGCGAAAUCCUAUAUUUAAAAACCUCACUGGCGCUUCUGCAUAUGUACUGGAAACUGAUUGGUUUCACAAUGACAUCACAAGAGAGGAAGACUCCCGAAGGUUAUCCCAGGGAUAUCGUUUGAAUCGCAGCGAUGGGAUUUUCCUUGUGCGUCGGAAGGAUACAAAUAUGUAUGUCCUCAGUGCCGUGAAUUCUGGAAGAGUUCACCGUUACAUUAUUAACCAAAUACCUGCAACUGGUCACUUUUGCAUUUCUGGAAAAAAGAGAGAAUUUCCUUCAAUGGAAGAUCUUGUCAGUUUUCAUAGAGCAAAUCCUCCAUCUGUAACGGGCAUUCAGUGCCAGCUUGCAGCUGCUUGUCCAAAGUCAUUUGGUGAGAAAAAAAGAACAGGAGUUCCAUUGGUACGUAAUUCAAUAAAUCCGGCAACAGCAAAUAGAUUUUCUGGCUUAUCCCCUCAAUUAAACAACUAUUUACCAGAUGGUAGCUUUGAUAUGACAUGGGAUCCUGAUAGAUCACAACACGAUACAGCAAUGACCAAUCCAAAGGAGGAAUGGGAUAUAAGACGAACUAAAGCAAAAAGUUGGUUGAAAGAGUUUACAUUGGCUUCCACAAACAUGCCAGAAGAUUGUCCUGGCUUCAAUAGUAUUUAUCAAAAUUGUGCGGGAAAAGAUGGAUCGGGUGUGGCCAAAGACCUCUACGUAAAGGAAUCUGAUAUUUCAGUUUAUGAAGAAUUGGGAAAAGGCCAUUUUGGAUCAGUUUGCUUGGGUAGAUGUAAAAUUUCAGGAGAAGCAGUGACUUGUGCUAUAAAAUUUCUCAAAGGUACUGAUGUUGUGACAAAUAAGCAGCAGCUGCUGGAAGAAGCUGCUCUCAUGCAAGAUCUUGAUCAUCCGAACAUCAUGCGAUUGAUUGCUGUGUGUGAUACUGACACAGAUCUUAUGAUGUUACUAGAACUUGCUCCUAUAGGUACUUUUAAAAAAUUCUUGAAGCGUCACAAUGAAACUUCCUUUCCUGAAUCCAAGAUUUUAAACAUAGUAAAUCAAGUACUACACGGUAUGGCUUAUUUAGCCAGCAAGAAUAUCGUGCAUCGGGACUUGGCCUUAAGAAAUGUACUCCUCGUAUCAGAGAAUUUUGCAAAAGUUUCGGAUUUUGGAAUGUCAAAGGUCUUGAAAGAGUCCGAAAAUUAUUAUCGCUCGGCCCGACCAGGAAGCUGGCCACUUAAAUGGUAUUCCCCUGAGGCAUUGUGUUAUUAUAAAUUCACCACAAAAUGUGAUGUGUGGAGUUACGGUGUCACACUUUGGGAAGCCUUUUCUUAUGGUAGUCGUCCAUAUCGUGGAAUGAAGGGUCGGGAAAUAUUAGAAAUGUUGGAAAGAAAUGAAAGGCUUGAUUGUCCCAUAGCUUGUCCUCCAGAUGUAUAUGAUCUCAUGCUGUACUGUUGGACGUAUGAAGCUGAUCAAAGACCAAGUUUUGAUCAACUCGUUCCAAUUAUGAAGGAAAUAAUGAAAAAUGUUGGACUACUAUCCACCAGUACCUCUGGAGUAUCAGCAUGAAUAAACAUAUUUUAUUGCAAUGAUGGACUGCCAUGCAUUGUAAUAAGAAAUGGAUUGGUGCAAUACAAAAAACAAGUUUGAACAUUACUAUAUUUUACGAAGGGUUAUGUGCUUAACACUAUCACCACACUGUUUGUGCAAAUUUCCUCAGAUUUAGGGGGGUAUACUGUCUAACGGUGAAUGUUCUACUAUAUAUUCAAGUUUUACCCCAUUUCCAAGGUUAUUAUUACCAUAAAUGCCAUUUCUAGCGAUACAUGCAUAAUUUUAAAAUGAGCAUAGGCUACAUGUGAUUAUUCCCCACAUUACGGUAUUUUUUACUUUCAACAAUUCUCUAAUAGUAAACAGUUUAUCUCAAAAAACACUGUUCCCAGUUCUCUAUACCAUUUGAUAGGCAAUGGAAUAUAUUUUUGUUUUCUAUAUUAUACAAGUAUUUUUGUAUCAAGUUUUGUUUUUGAUAUUCGAGUUUUUCAUAAAAAAUCCUUAAAAUCUUCAAACCGGCUUAUUUGCAACAGUAUUAUUCUUCAUAUAUAAGUAAUUUUUUAUUUUAUCCUGACCAGUUCAUUCUUCAAUAAUUUGUCAUAAUUUUAUAUGCACUAAUUUUUUUAUUCAAUGCAACUGUUUCUCUUAAUCUGUAUAGUUUGCAAGUUUCAAGAAGGAUAUCUCACAUGAUAUUGUGUUCUAUAUUCACCCUGUAGGUCUACAAUGCAUACAUUGUAACAACACAUUUCUGUAUUUGAAUAAAGCAAGUGAAAAUACAGCGAUAUUUGUAAGAAUGACUCAUUGUAUAGAAAACUAUUUUUGGAUUCUCCAUUGAUGUGCAUAGUUCAUUGUAAGGUCUUACUCUUCAGAAAAAAUCUGGUGCAUUGCUUCUUUCGCAAUAACACAUUUGUAUUUAAAAUGGAUCCUACAGUAAUUUAUCAUAAUGCAAAGAGUUUCAUACUUUUUUUUUGUCAUUGCACUGGAAAAAUGAAUGCUGUAUAGAUGCAGUUUAUGUAUGUAACAAUAUUAUGUGCCAUCAAGUGAAGAAAUUCGUCAUUCAUAAUUUUGUUCAUAUUGUUGCAUUUUAGAUUAUUACUCAAACUCCAACUUUACUCAGCAGUUUCCCUCGAAUGCAGUUAUUUUACAUGAUUUAUUUAGUUGUUCAUUUCCUAAAAUCAAAUAUGAUUUGGAUGUUACUAAUAUUCAAUUUCUAGAAGCUCACAGGCCUGCAGCACUUUUAUCCCUUACAGAUUGAUCCACAUUUCAACUGGAAUUUCUAUUAUCAUAACACUUUUGGCUUUGACUAAGAACCAAAUUUAGAUGAUGGAACGAACCAUUACUUUGUUCGUCCUUAAAUCAAUAAACUCUUUGCUAGAUAUUGGUGCGUGUGCUAUAUUUUCAUUUUGCCUUUUAUUUAAUUUAAUGUCAUGUGCACUUCCAAUAAAUGCUCUGUCCGAAAGUUGCUCAUAUAGA